GUGUGUGUGUGAAAACGGAUUAAACAUCACUCUCAGUAUUCAGUUUUAUAAUGAGACACACUUUGUUUUACGGAAUCUUUCGUUCGAUAUAUCCGCAAGCAUGUUUAAGACACUCGUGUCCUGUUCGUGUCUUUCGGACUUUUUCGGAUGUCGCUAGCGAGCCUUUAAGACAGUGGACUCUCACAGUCGAGCCUUUUAUUAAAAUCAACUGCCAUGUACACUGUAAUGUCUCCGUGCAGCCCCUGGACACACACACGUCUCCAGGAGCGGAUCAGGUGUUUGUGACCGUUCGCGGUCGCAGCGGUGAUGACGUCACUGCUUUGGACAUGGUUCGAGUUCAGUAUAAUGAUCAGAGCCAGGAAGUGCAGGUCCUCAACGAGGAGUCCAUCAGUAAUCUGUCUGUGGAACUCACAGCUCCUGUUAAAACUGACCUUCAGGUUGUUACUCAUGGGACCGGCAGUGUAAGGAUCCAGAACAUGGAAAGUGAUAUGUGCCGGGUACAGACGGAAAGAGGUGACUGCGUCCUUCAGUCUGUCAAGAGUCGGAACGUGCAGGUACAGUCUAGUGGAGGGAACAUCACUGGCAUGGGCACUAUCCACGGUGAUGUGGAGAUAACGACUGCAGGACAGAGUAGAGUUGACAUUAAGAAGGUCCAGGGGACGUCCAUAAAUAUGUCCACAGAACACGGUCCGAUAAACGUGAAAGCCUUGUAUGCCGAGUCCAGUGCUGUGGCUUCCUCUUCUGGGAACAUCCAUAUUGGGCAUUUACAUGGUGAAGCGUUUGUGACGAGUGACACAGGAGAUAUCAUCAUCGACAGUUCCAGCGGCUCCCUGAGAGCGCACACUAAGAGCGGAAACAUUGAUGCGUUCGUCAGCCAAACAGGAACAGCUGAGCUUCGUACACAGCAAGGUGCCGUGAGUGUUCGGGUUCCAUCCACUUUAAAGGCCUGGGUGCAGUUGUGCGGGACGACAGUGGACGCCAGCUCAGAGAUCGCUCAGGAGACACAAAUGCAAUCAUCUGAGGGAAAGACUGUGCUUACUGGACCGCUGAAUGGUGGCACUCAGGAGGACUGCUGGAUCAGUGCCAGUGCUGACAGAGGCCCCGUGAGCAUCAAGACUCAGAGCUGGUUCGAGACGCUUAAACUGGGGAGCUCUGAGGAUUUGCCUUUAAGUUCAAAAUGAAGAGAGUUCUUAUGUAUGUUUUUAGUUUUGUUAUAUGUAUAGUGUAUCAAUACUGCUUAUAAAGAUGUUGUUGAAUAAAUGAAAACUAUGUAUCA